AUGAUCUUGACGAUUCUUCUCCUGACUAUUCUUUCUGCACUCGAACUUAUAUGCUACUCAUCGCUGGAUUUUAUUCUGAAAAAGUUUGCUGAAAAGGUCGCUGAGCUCCGGGGAGAGGGAUCGAUCGUGUGGAUCAAUAAGGAAGAGUACGAAGAGACAAAGAUGGCUAGGGAGAUGGAAAAUAAGAAGAAGAAGGAGUCCCAACCUGAACCAAGGGUUCUAGCAGAAGAAACGGAGGAUCUUCUGCAUGAAGUCGAUUUUCUGAAGAGAUCUCUGAAAUGUGCCGAAGACGUUGCAGAGAGUCUCAAAAAGACGAUUCUCAGUCAGCGUGCUGAAAUUGAGAAGCAUAGGAGAGAAACUGAAGAAGUCCGAAACAAAUUCGAGCAAUCAGAGAAAGAUCUUCAGGAUGAGCUUCAGGAUAUCGUCAACGAUUUAAUCGCUCAGGAGAAGAAAAGAAGACAAGAAUACAAGGAUGCUAGAGAUGAGGAAGCGUUUGAUAGACUGGAGGCAUCUCCGAUGAGUUUGGAUGUGAAAUCAUCGACGCCGAAGAUUCUAAACUCCGAAACAUUGUUUAAAUAUUGA